UCAAAUCAUUCAACACAACACUCACUCACUCUCAUUAUUUUAUAAUGAGAUCACAACUCCUUCACUCUAAAUUCAAAUCCUCUUCCGAUUCCCUUUCUUAAAAUAACCUUCUUAAGAAAUCAAACAAAAGACUAUCCUGAUUCAUCAACUCCUACUACAAGUCUACAACUACUACUACUUUUCACUUCACAAACAAACUCCAGUCUCCAGGCAGGCCAGAAAUUCGUUGUGCCCGCGCCCUUAAUCUUGAGCUUCACUUCUACCUGCAGGAUAUUACUUUGAGUGUCAAUGGCAACUCGAUGAUCCAGUUUGGAGAUUGAGUUCGUUCAUACAAAAGAAAUCAGUUAGGAACCCAGCCCAACCCAAUCAAUGAUUUAGAGCAUAUUCUGAAACUGUUCUGAGGUUCAAUGCAGUUGAACAGAAGAGAUCUGGGAAUGGUGAUGAGGGAAGUCGAUGAAGAUCUUGCCAUUUUCUUGGGGAUGCGGAGGAAUGACCACAUUAUUCACACUCACACUCAGACUGAGAUUAAGACUGGCCACGACCAGGAGGAGUACAUUAAUCAUAAUAAUAAUAAUAAUGAUAAUUAUGGUGAUGAAAAUGGUUCAAAACACAAUGGAGUAGUGAUCCGAAAAGCCUCUGAGGCGGCGACUCCAACCCCAACCCCAACCCCAGGACCCACUGAUAUUACUACUGCUGCUGUUCUAUUGAAUCAUCACCGGCAAAACAUGAUAUCAAAUGGUGGUGGUUGUGGCGGUGGUGGAGGUGAUGGCAGCAACAGCAUUCCUCUUCCUCUGGAACACAAGUUAGAUGAUGAAUCUGGUGGGCAGAGGCAGAGGAAGCAGGUUGAGGAUGAGCAACAGCAACUAACACCAAUAUCUCAGAUAAGGCCUUCUCCAUCAGAGCUGUGUAAUUCUACUCCUACUCCUACUCUUGGUAGUAGAAGAGGUAGAGCAGCAACUCCUACUCCUACUACUACUACUACUACUAUUAGUAAAUCAAAGCCUGCUUCAACACCAACAGUAGUAGUGGUUGCAGCAAGGGCUUCCAUUGAAGCAAGAUCGAGAUCAAGAUCGAGAUCCAGCACUCCACACUCAUCAUCUAUCAACUCUUCUUUAACCACCAUCUCUGCUUCACAUCAAUCUUCAUCUUCAGGGGGAAAACCACCAGCUGCAGCAGCAAUGUCAAUGUCAAAAUAUCCAGCCUCCUCCUCCCGUGGGACUGCUCCCACUGUUGUUGUCGUCAAGUCCAGGCCCUCAGAGUCAGUGCUAUGUCACAGUGGUGCUCAAAAUCUCAAACCAUCUGUGGCUAAAAGGCCUGCUUCGGCAUCUAGAGCAAGAAGGCCAACUGCUGCUGCAACUUCACAGGCUCAUUCAAGACGUGAAAAGUCAUGUUCCCCUGCCAAAUCACGAGCCACAGUUCACAAGAUGCCAUCAAGAUGCCGCCGAGAUGAUGAUGAUGAUGAAGUAAACCCUGUGUUGAUGGGCACAAAAAUGGUGAACCGGGUGGUAAACAUGAGGAAAUUGGCUCCGCCGCCCAAACAAGAAUUAGGUGAAUACAUUUCUCACCACAAUCAUAGAAGAAAGCCUUCCUACUCAUCAUUAGGCUUCGGGAGAUCCCUCUCACAAAGUUCGCUAGACAUGGCUAUAAGGCAUAUGGAUAUUGGACGAAGCUGCAUUGGUGAUAAUCUAGGUGGUGGCAAUGGCAUCCGAACAGGUUCCUCAAAAAGUGGUUCAGAGUCUCCCCCAUCAUCAUCAUCAGCAGCAAGCUGUGAUAGUUCCAAGUCUUCCAGCAUAUAUUUGCAACAAAUCCCACUCCCAUUUUCUCAAUGGGACUGAUAUUCUUCUGUGUGUAUGUAUGUUAGCAGCAGGUAUGGAAGAUGACGGAUGACGCGCUAUGGGCUCUGCUCUAUUGGGGAUGUUUAUUGCACAUGGACAUGUUAUUUUUGUUAUGAUCAUUUGCAAUAUUAUUAGUAUUAUUAUGAUAUUAUGACAACUGAGAGUACUUGGCAUAUCUUAUCUUGCUUUUAUAGAUAUAGAUUAGCACAUGAAAUGGCACGGUGUGCAUGUGAUGAUGUAUGUUAGUUAGUAAGUUAGUUAAAACCAAGUGUGUGUGUGUGUGUGUGAGAGAGAGAGAGAGAGAGAGAGAGAGAGAGAGAGAGAGAUUCUUGAGAUUCUUUGGAUAUGCUGUUUGAAAUUUGGAUUGCAAUUUCUGCUA